GACCGCCGAGGCUCACGUGACACGGAGCUGCUUCCGGGUCAAUGCGGGACGCGGCCGCCGGGCCUGGAAGUCCAAGAAGGGAGCAUGGACCAGCCCAGUGGAAGGAGUUUCAUGCAAGUUCUGUGUGAGAAAUACAGCCCUGAGAACUUCCCAUAUCGUCGUGGGCCUGGUAUGGGGGUGCAUGUCCCAGCAACUCCACAGGGCUCACCUAUGAAAGAUCGUCUCAACCUCCCCAGUGUGCUGGUGCUGAACAGCUGUGGCAUAACCUGUGCAGGGGAUGAGAAUGAAAUCGCUGCCUUCUGUGCCCAUGUGUCUGAGCUAGACCUCUCUGACAAUAAACUGGAAGACUGGCAUGAGGUCAGUAAAAUCGUGUCCAACGUUCCCCACUUGGAGUUUCUCAACUUGAGUUCCAACCCUCUCAGCCUGUCGGUGUUGGAGCGGAGGUGUGCAGGUUCUUUCGCUGGGGUUCGCAAGCUUGUGCUCAACAACAGCAAAGCUUCCUGGGACACAGUGCACACGAUCCUGCAGGAAUUACCAGACUUGGAGGAGCUCUUCCUGUGCCUUAACGACUAUGAAACAGUGUCUUGUUCUCCAGUUUGCUGUCAGUCUCUCAAAUUGCUCCACAUAACUGACAACAAUCUUCAAGACUGGACUGAAAUUCGAAAAUUGGGGAUUAUGUUUCCAUCACUGGACACACUAAUUCUGGCUAACAACAACCUCACCACCAUCGAAGAGUCAGAAGAUUCCUUGGCAAGGCUCUUCCCCAACCUGCGUUCCAUCAAUUUGCACAAGUCAGGCCUGCAUUGCUGGGAAGACAUUGACAAGUUAAAUUCUUUUCCCAAGCUCGAGGAAGUGAAAUUGCUAGGAAUCCCUUUGCUGCAGUCCUACACCACUGAAGAACGCAGGAAGCUGCUAAUAGCCAGGUUGCCAUCUAUCAUCAAGCUCAAUGGAAGCAUUGUGGCCGAUGGGGAACGAGAGGACUCGGAGCGGUUCUUCAUCCGCUAUUACAUGGAGUUCCCAGAGGAGGAGGUCCCAUUCAGGUACCAUGAGCUGGUCACCAAGUACGGCAAGCUGGAACCUUUGGCAGUUGUGGAUCUUCGGCCACAGAGCAGCGUGAAGGUGGAGGUUCACUUCCAGGACAAGGUGGAAGAGAUGUCAAUCCGGCUCGAUCAGACUGUGGCAGAGUUGAAGAAGCACUUAAAGACUGUGGUGCAGCUGUCAACCAGCAACAUGCUGCUCUUCUACUUAGACCAGCAAGCUCCUUUUGGUCCCGAGGAGAUGAAGUACAGCUCGCGAGCGCUGCAUUCCUACGGCAUUCGGGAUGGGGAUAAAAUUUAUGUGGAGCCCAGAAUGAAAUAGCCUCUUUCAACCUUGUGAGUGCACCCCCAUGCACGCACACCCCCACGCACCCCCUCCCCAACACACACACACCCACACACAUGCAUUAAGGAGUUCUUUGCAAGGGUUUUAUUUCAGUUGGUUGGUUGAGGUUUGGUUGCGUUUCUGUAGCAGGUGAGUUCUUAGCCCGGAGGAAGUGCCCCGAUGUGAGAACCAUGCCCACCAUCCACUGCAGGUGACCUUGAGGUGACAACUGACUUCAGUGCGUGUGUUUCAGUGUGUGCCAUACCUUGAUGUUUCCUUUGAUGCUCCGGUAUACUCGUGAUUUGGCAUGAAUGGUCACUUGUUCAAGCUGAGGAACGCUAGGGUCCGUAAGGGAUGCGAUAGCUCGGUGCAGAAUUUCAUUGUUGGGGCUUUAUUGUUUUGGUUUAUUUUUUUUUCUUCUUCUAAAUAUUUUGGGAGUUUGGCUCCACCAGAGCACCCUUUGGCCUAGCUAUCUGACUGUGGCUUGAGCUUGCUGAACUAUUUUUUUGCAACUGGGUGCUGUUUCAACCUUUUGUUGUGCUCGAGUUCACUGAAAAGAUCUCAAACAGUAUUCCGCUUGAUUCAGAGCUCAGGUACUUAGUGCAUCCACUUAACUCUGCUGGUUUGGUUUGUAGGAGUGCACGAAACAGGGAGGGGGGGGAAAAGGGGAGAUUUUAUAGUAGAAAGGAACAAUUUCUCUUCAAUAUGCACGCUCUGUAUCCACCCUGUCCUAUUCUGAUCUUAUUGGGGAUAAAAGAACCUUUGAUUUCUGUACUCAUCUCACCCAGUGUCUGCAGCCUGUAGCAUUGGCAGUCUGGAGGCAAAACGACCCUUGCCAGGCAGGUUGCAAAGUGAAUUUUGGAAGGCAGUGGAUGGAUGUUGCAUUGGAACGGCUUCUAGAGGAAGAGAUCAGAAAGGAACAGGUCAUGAUUUACCCCCACAGUGCUGAAGAGAUCCUCUAGUGUGCACUUAACCUUGUACCAGUUUGUACUGGAAGUGGAAUGGCUAAAAUUGCUCUCCUUGAAGAGAGUAAGAGUAAAGCCGAAGUUUGUCUUUGUUGUUGUUGCACCAGAAAUGAAACCUAGCACUUUCCCCAGGGGGCCCCCUGGCUGUGGGGUCCCUGCUUAGGGUCCAAACUAGGAGGCUGUUGGCUCAGAUCAGUUUCUAGCAAAUGAGUAACAAAGCAGCUAGACUCAUCUUUGUUGUAAAGCAGAUUUUCACUAUCUAUUGGCUUCCCCCCACGUGCACCUUGUAGGCAUCACAUGCUGCUGCUUAAAUGAGCCCCCAUUUUCUCCUGCAGGGCACAUUUCCCUUUCCCAUGUGAUGAAAUCCUCCUUUCUUUCUCUCUCCUGUUCCCCUUGCCCACAUCCUCCUUUAGUCCUCUGUCCCCCUGACAAGUUGAAGACUUUUCAGAUUACUUAGUUAUAAGCAGCUGCAUCAAAGUUUGUGAAGCUGUGCAGUGAGGGCUCCAGUUACACAUGAACCUCUGACCUUCAUUUUCAAGUGCCCCCCCUAUCCCCACAUGCACUUUCUUUCCUGUGAUGCUUUUGUCCACAUCACCAAACUCCUUUGUUUUAUUUUCAUUUUGGAGUUGUGUAUUUCUCUUCAAAUUUUACCUAGGUUGUGGGCUGGGGUAGGAUGGGGAGGGGAUAAAGUCUUAUCUCAUGGCUUUCAGGUUCAGAAUGCAGGGGAGUAGUACCACAUCCAGACUAAUGACUAAGUAAUGGCAGGAUUUUUAGGACAAGGUGAUAAUUUGUGCCUCAUCCCCAUGCCAAAAAUGUCAAUCUCCUGGCCCUGUUGAGAUGAGCAAUAGGAACUGGAGCAAGGCUCUCCCCAGGUAGUGCAGAGGCUGUGGCACAUAGCUGUAAAAGGAGAGAGGGGGGAGCUGGUGGCAGUGUAACAUAAAAUGAUGCUUUUAUAAGCUAGAGCUUUACUGAAGAUGUAUUUUCCCUUUGGGCAGAGCAAGGCAUUUGCUGCCUUAUAGCAGAACUCUUAAGCCAACAACUUCUGUAUGAUAUAUACAUACAUAAGGCAUAGGAAAAGUUGUGUUUAAUAAGAUAUUUUUGUUAUAAAGCAGAGUUUUAUGAAGAUAUGGUUGUUUAAUAGUAGAAGCCUUGAAUAGUAGAAGCUCCCCUUGGCAUCCAGCUGAAGUAGGUUCCUCCCUCAGUGUCAGAGGUAAGCAACCAACAAGGACACAAAAAUAUCUCUGACCUGAUUCUCUAGGACAGUUGCUGCCUGUGUGAGUGUCCUUAUGGCACUGGAACUGGUGUUAAUAAUGAGAUGCUUCCUCAGCCAAAUUUCAGAGACAGGAAAAAAGGCAAAGACCAUUAAAGAAUGGAAUGGGAUGGUAAAGAAGACUGAAGUAUGUGCUUUUGAGUUGGUCUGCCUGUCCUCAGAGGGAGCAGUGCUGUCACCUUGCUGGCUCAGAACUGUCUGUACAUUGUGCUUUUACUUAGGCAGGCUUGGUGGGAGCUAGAAGGUGGACAGAGAAUUAUGUACUGCCGUAUGAGGCCAGCAAGCUCCAUGCAGCUGUCAGGGGUUUGGUGCUAACACCCAGACUGGCUUCUCUGGUCUGUUGAUGUCAGCCAGAGUCAUGAUAUGAGUACCACACCUUGCCAUUUCAGCAGAGGAAGGUUUUCUGGAUGGUGUUUCAAGCCAUUCACCUUUGCAGCUAGCAGAGAAUUCGUGGGAUGGAAACCAAAGCAUCUUGGUUGGCUUCUCAAGGAGAAAGAGCCAGGUCCAAAGCCCAGGGAGAGUUUCUGCGUCAGGAUGAUGAACUUUGAAAGGUAAGGCCAGAUGGUGUGCAAACAGCGUGGCUGAGGGCCCCAAGCUGUCUUGCUUUCCUUUUGUGGUGGCUUUUGGGAAGGGGUCUUGUGUGUGUGCUGCAUUACCACUGAGCUGGGGACCUCUUCUUGGGGGUCCUGUGAAGGUGGGCAGUGUGACUGCUGUCGCUGCCGUGUCAUGAGGGGCUGGGUGCUGGCGGUGUCAGCAUGUACCCCCUUGAGCAAAAGAAAACAAAGCAGAGGUGCAAGCUUCUCUAGCUUUUGUGUCCUGCUAUCAGAGGGCUGCUUCUGUCCAGAGCUCUUGUUCCUGCUAGCUCAUGCAGAGAAGUCUGCCGUGGGUAGUCUGUGCAGUGGGCAAAGCACCUGGAGCAGGAGGAACUGGGUGACAGCUAUAUACCAAAGUGUGGCACGGCUCUGUGCUGAGAUUAGAUGCUGUGCUGUGGUGGUUUUGGAUACUUUCCCGUUGAAUAUAACCAGAUGUUUGACCAGAUGUUCCAGGCAGAUCGUUCAGCUGGUGAUGUUGUGAAUAUGCAUGGCCUGGAGACUGUCCUCUGUCCCCUCGGUGGGAUUUGUGACCCCUUUAUUGGGAGUUGCUGACAUCCUAGUGGAAGGUGACAGUGUGGCCUACAGUGGCUUGGAGCAGCUCAGAGGGACUGUGCUGGUUGCUGCUGGGCAGAGGCUGUGAGUUUGCCCUCACCUACUUGGGUCUGCAUCAGUGGAAGGCGAGUGGGGGCUCUGCCUCCCUCCGUGGCUUGCCGGUUUUGCUUGCAGAUGAGAUUCCCUAGGUUCUGUUGGUGUGUGGAUUGAAAAUGCAAACGAGGUGCUGAAAGCAGCCCAGAGGCUAAAAUCCAUAUUCCUGGCAACUCUGCCUCCCUCAUCUGAAUGUGGCACUUUGGUAGGCAGCAGAGAGAAGCCUUCCCCAGAGCAGCAUUAGAGGGGCUGUAGCCAUCUCGGGCCUUUGCCUCUGUGAUUGCUUUUCUGCAGUUACUGGAAACUUCAAAUCUAAUUUAAACAUGAAGAUCUCUUCUCACUCUGUAUUUAGUGAUGCAUCCAUAUGUAAUUUUAAAGGAAAAAGAAAAGAACUGUGAGUCCAUCCUGUUUUUUUCUUCUGGUUUCUCUGGCAGGGAAGCUCCUCCCCACUCCCACAACUUGCCUUUGGUUUGCUCACAGACUUAGUGGUGGAAUAAUUCAGGCCAAAUAAGUACUUGGUUUGGAUCAGUUCAAUAAACUUAUCUAAGUUUUUACACAAAA